UGGCGGCGCCCAGGCGGUGAGGUGUAUCGGGAUGGAUGCGGUGGGAAGAGCGAAAGAUUAGCAUAUAACAUCUUCAAAAUGUUACCAUGUGAGCAGUGAAUAGAGACUGAUUGUUCAGCUUGGUUUCACAGUAACGCGAAAUUUAUUCCCCAAGCACCUGAUUUGUAAAGAUGAAGGGUGUCUUGUGGAUGUUGAGCCGUCCUGCUUGCUGCUUGAUGAGACCCAUUUGUGGGUGGCACCGUUUACUGAAGCCAAAUGGAAGACAAGCACUGGGAUGCAACAGAAAUAUUUACAGUGAGACAGGAAUAUGGGAGAGAGACUAUCGACCCCAGACUCGAAAAAGUGUAGAAGGAUAUUGGCAAUCAAGAAUAAAGGAACAAUUUCAAAAUAUUUUGGAAACUGAUAAAUCAAAGCCAAAGUGUUAUGUGCUUUCGAUGUUCCCAUAUCCUUCUGGGAAGCUCCAUAUGGGGCAUGUUCGAGUGUACACCAUCAGUGACACCAUGGCUCAUUUCCAGAGAAUGCGUGGCUAUCAGGUUUUGCAUCCAAUGGGAUGGGAUGCUUUUGGCUUGCCAGCGGAAAAUGCUGCAAUUGAGCGUGGCUUGGAUCCAGAAGAGUGGACAAAAAGUAAUAUUGCACACAUGAAAGAGCAACUUCAUGGACUUGGACUGUGUUUUGAUUGGAAUAAGGAAGUGACCACCAGUCAAUCUGAUUAUUACAAGUGGACACAAUUCCUCUUCCUCAAACUGUUUGUGGCUGGCAUGGCUUAUCAAAAGGAAGGACUCGUCAACUGGGACCCAGUGGAUCAGACAGUGUUGGCAGAUGAGCAGGUGGAUGAAAGUGGCUGCUCCUGGCGCUCUGGGGCAAAGGUUGAGCAGAAGUACCUCAAACAGUGGUUCAUAAGGACAACAAACUACGCUAAGUCUUUGCUGGAUGCCCUCGAAGACCUUCCUGAUUGGUAUGGUGUCAAAGAAAUGCAAGCAAACUGGAUUGGUGCUUGCACUGGAUGCUACUUUGACUUUGAGUUAAAGAUAGAUGGAAAAUACAUUGGUGAAAAGCUUGCGGCAUAUGCCUUCUCGCCAGAUGCUAUUUAUGGAGCGUCACACCUCUCUCUCCUGCCAAGUCAUAGGUUGCUACAUAGCAGCAAUAAGUUGAGACAUUUGCUUUCAGAGCAAUUCGUAUCUGACUCAGAUUGUCAAACUUCAGUAACUGGUGUGAAUCUUUUAAAUGGUCAAGAAAUUCCUCUUAUCAUUUCAGCCAAGAAAGAGUUUGAAGGCCAUCUAGACACUGUCAUAGGUAUUCCAAGUGUUAAUCCAGAAGAUGCAGCAAUUGCACAGAGGUUCUGUCUGCCAUGGCGAGAGGUCUUUGAAACUUCACCUGACGGCACAGAACGUUUACAGAAUUCUGGUGAGUUUACAGGACUGGACAGACAGUCUGCAACUCAAGCCAUACUGAAGCGUGCACAAGACCUUGGAGUUGGUGGCUAUCUUACAAGUCCAAAAAUGCGUGACUGGUUGAUAUCCCGGCAACGUUACUGGGGAACACCUAUUCCUAUCAUCCACUGCCUGUCUUGUGGUGCCGUUCCAGUCCCUUUUGAAGACCUGCCUAUUCUUUUACCUAAGCUUAAGUCAUUUACAGCCAAAGGAAUUUCCCCACUAUCUACAGCCUCUGAAUGGUUAAAUUGUACCUGUCCCAAGUGUAAAUGCCCUGCCAGACGAGAGACCGACACCAUGGAUACAUUUGUGGAUUCUGCCUGGUAUUACUACAGAUACAUCGAUCCUCAUAACAGUCUGAAGCCCUUUGACAGUUCAUUAGCAGACUUCUGGAUGCCUGUGGAUCUGUACAUUGGAGGGAAAGAGCAUGCUGUUAUGCAUCUAUACUACGCAAGAUUUAUUAGUCACUUCUGCAAUGAUCAAAACAUGGUCAAACACAGGGAACCUUUCCACAAACUCCUCGUUCAUGGACUUAUCAAGGGGAAGACCUAUCGAUUGCCGUCAAAUGGCCAGUAUCUGAAGAAAGACGAAAUAAGUUUCAGUGGUCCUGAUCCAGUCCACGCUGAGACAUCAGAGAAACUCCAGAUCACCUGGGAAAAGAUGAGCAAAUCCAAACACAAUGGCAUUGAUCCAACGGUAGUAAUCCAACAGUAUGGGAUUGAUACUGUGCGCCUGUAUAUUCUCUACGCUGCCCCUCCUGACCAGGACAUUUUAUGGGAUGUUAAAACGGAUGCCAUUCCUGGUGUGUUGAGGUGGCAGGUACGGCUCUGGACACUGGUAACAAAGUUAAUAGAUGCUCGGAGUGCUGGAGUAAUCCCUUGUCCGGACCUCCUCAAUGAAAAGGAGAAAUCAGAAGCCAAGAAGAUAUGGCAGAGCAAAAACUACACAGUUUCACAAGUAACCAGCUACAUGACCAAGGAUUUCCUGCUGAAUGCUGCAAUAUCCCGGCUAAUGGGCCUCACAAACACUUUAUCACAAUCUACACCUCAAGUAAUUCUGCAUAGCAGUGAAUAUGAAGAAGCCCUAGCUGUCUUGUGUAUUCUGGUGGCUCCUAUGGCUCCACAUCUGGCAUCAGAGUUAUGGAAAGGUCUUUCCAGUAUUCAAAAUAAACUUGUCACUCAUUACCAAUGGGACACAGAUGUGCUUUUUCAACAAUGGCCAAGCCUGGAUCCAAAGUAUCUGCAGAAGCCAGACACUGUGCAGAUGAUAGUCAGGAUCAACAACAAGGUCUGCGGCUCGGUAGACGUGCCCCAGGAGGUGGUCAAGAAUGCAGAAUGGGUGCAGAGGUUGAUCCUACAGAGUGAACUGGGGAUCCGGCAGCUGCAGGGGCGCCCCAUCAAGAAAGCCAUCCUGUCUCCCAGGGCCACUCUCAUCAACUUUUUAGUGGAAGAUUAAAGUUACUAGAGAAGCCAUGCCAUGGGUAUGACUUAAAUUGUCACUUUAUAAUAGCAAGUGUAUUGAGAGCCGGGCCCUCAAUUUACCAAGAAGGUCGAUUUGAUGGCUUGUAUUUUGCUGCUGUCAGCUGCUUUCUCCUGUCUGGAAAUCUUCAGUUAAGGCUAUGAUCGACAAGGCAGUGAGUUGCUUCAUCUCCAUGACAAAACUCUGUUAAUAAUGAUGUUUAUCAUUCACUCCUCCAGGCUAGAAUAAAGGCCCUGUGAUAGAACACAGAGCUAUACUCACAAAAUGCUAGAGGAACUCUCCAAGUCAGGCAGCAUCUAUGGAGGGGAAAUAAACAGUUAAUGUUGACUGUUUAUCCCCCUCUAUAGAUGCUUCCUGUCUUGUCUCGUUCCUCUGGAAUUUUGCUAGAUUUCCAACCUCUGCAGAAUCUCAUGUGUUUGCAAGAGAAGGCAACAAUCUGCUGCACAAAAGAGUGGACAGAAGUUUUAAAGUGAUCACAGAUGUGGAAAAUCUGAAAUUAAAAUGAGAAAAAGGCUGGAUAAAUUCAGCAGAUCAGGGAGUGUCCACGGAGAGAGAAGCAAAGUUAACCUUUUGCUGAGUAUUGUCUGUUUUUAUAUAAGACUAAAGCUGUUGGUUUUUGUAAUCAAAGCAUUUUGGAUGUACUAUUUUACAAUGUUAAUCACCAAACCUUUUAUGUUCUAAACAUCUUCAAUUGUUUUGUAAAAAAAAGUGAACUUCAUAUUGAGUAAAAAUAAAAUACUAAGUAUUUUUUUAAUGGUGAAGUAUUUAAAUGGUGAUCAAGGAAAUUUCAAGAAGUAAUAUUACUAAAAUUGCAUGUGUUUACUGUUAAUACAUGGGUCAUUUUCUUACUUAUUAAGCAAAGUCAUAGUUUAAGUGAAAAUAAAUCCUCUUCCCCAACCACAAUUUCUGUAGUCUGUGAAAAGGCCAGUUGCUGUGAUUGUUUGUUUGAUCUGAUUAAGUUUACCAGUUCAAUGUAACUAAGUGCCUUGUACAUAAACAAAACACUAAAAAAGUUAACUCUGCAAUCCCCCUUAUACUUUCCUUCAAAUCACCUUAAAAUUGUUACCCCCGGUUAGCUAUCUAUGCCUCUUGCCUUGAAUACCUCCAUCAGUUCCAUUAGUCACCUCUCAUCCUUCUUUGUUGCAAGAGAGAAACAUUAGUUUGCUCAGCAUAUCCUCAUAACACAUGCUCUGUAAUCCAGCCUGCAUCCUGGUAAAUCUUGGUAAAACGCUAUCUAAAGCUUCUACAUUGAUCCUAUAAAGAGGCAACUAGAACACAAGUAUGGUCUAAGCAGUGUUUUAUGGAGCUGCAACAUUGCCUCGCAUCAUGUUUGAUAGAUUAAAGGGAAAAUUAGAAGAAAAGAAUGAGGAUGGGGGGGCACAAGAGAGCAAAAGAUUAAGUGCAGGGAUGUGGGGGAGAGAGAGGAGAACAUGGAGACUGUUAGAGAGUCAGAAUACAGAGGCUUUUGAAAAGGUGUGAAAUACAGGGCCAGCUAGGUCAGGAUACAUCAAUGAAAAGAUAAAAACUGACCUAGUAGAGCAGCUGACCUAGGUGCAACAAGCACAACAUGCUGGAGGAACCCAGCAGGUCACACAACAUCUAUGGAAAAGAGUAAACAGUCGACCUUUCAGGCUGAGACCCUUCAUCCUGAUUUCCAGCAUGUGCAGCUUUUCUCAUGUUUGUGUAGUAGAACAGAUGAAUGACGUAUAGCAAGAAUUGCCAGUACUGACGCAGGGAGAGACGAUAAGUUCGCAGGCAUUAUAGAUUUUGAUGAUGAGUCUGGGAGUCUGCAGUGUUCAAGACGGAAGAUGAAAGUUGCUCAAGCUCACAUUGGGCUUCACUAUUGGAUGUGUUUCUGCUCCUUUAACGUUGGCAUGUCUAAAUCCUGCAACGCCAUACGGGCUACAGAGAUUUAAGAAAAGCCAGCCAAUUGCCACCUUCUUAGCAAUAGUUGCCAACAAAGCUGAUACUG